UAAAAUCUUGUCAUUGAGCAAUGUUAUCAGUCAGGGUUUGUAAGGAAAGGGAUGGCACAGACAAACUGAAUAACUAAAGAGAGGUUAAGAAAGGGACUGCACUGUGUACAAAAGUAUGAGCAAGGUUGAGGAAAACCUACAAGGUUUGAUCUAGUACCUGGGGAGCAUUGCAGCUCACAAGCCUGAAUGAUCAAAGGAAGUAAGGGUUUGCUGGAAUUCCAGGAGUACAGCUCUCUGAAGAGGGCUGCUGACAUAAGCUAUAGCUUUUGUUUAGGAAAUUAAGCCAAUCCAUGGUGGCCAGGCAGGGAGGGAACCGAGGGAACAGAUAGCCUAACCUUUCUAUCUUCUCAUCCUCUCAUCUCCUGCAAGUGCCUCCCAUGGGCUCAACACCUUCAGGAGUUCGAGGGGAAGAGAGCUUGUUGCUGCAGCCCAUACAGUUCAGCCUCCUGGGGGCACAGAGCAGUGGGGAAAAGUAUGGAGCAAGCCUGGAGAUGGCUAAACAGAAGACAUUCCACACAGCUGGGGUGCAAGAUCUGCUUGGCUCUGGAACAUGAUAAUCCUCAUCAGGACCAGUCCUGAUCCAAUACAGUCCAUCUCAUUGAGCACCCAGUUAAACAAGAGAACUGUGGAAAGGGUUGUCAAUUUCAUGUCAUCAUCCAGCAUCUGACUUGCAUAAGAAGGCCUUUAUGUUUCCCCGAGAGUCGGAUAAUUCCUACGUGUCCCUGAAAGCGCAGUUAAAGAAGCCACUCAAGGCCUUCACUGUGUGUCUCCGUAUCUACUCAGAACUGGCCUCAACCCGCGGGUACAGCGUUUUCUCUUAUGCCACCAAAAAACAACCUAACGAGAUCCUCAUAUUUUGGUCUAAGGGCAGAGGAUAUAUUCUUGGAGUGCGUGGGACUGAGGUAUUAUUCAAGAGUCCUGAAAACACCGUAGCUCCGACACACAUCUGUGCCAGCUGGGAGUCCGCCUCUGGGAUUGCAGAGUUCUGGGUGGAUGGGAAGCCCAAGGUGAGGAAGAGCCUGGAGAAGGGAGCCUCCGUGGAGGCAGAGGCAAGCAUCAUCCUGGGGCAGGAGCAGGACACAUUCGCUGGGGAGUAUGAGAAGAACCAGUGUUUGGUGGGGGACAUUGGAGAUGUGAACAUGUGGGACUAUGUGUUGUCACCAGAGGAGAUUAGCACCGUCUAUGCUGGUGGGACCUUCAGUCCUAAUGUCCUUAACUGGCGGGCGCUGAGUUAUGAAAUGAGUGGCGAGGUGUAUGUCAAGCCCCAGCUGUGGCCCUGAGGCCACGCCGCUGUGGUCCUGGAGGUGUUUCCUGACAGUUGCACUCUGUGGUUCUAGACUGGCCCCAGCCCCUGUACACACACUGCAGGCCAGCUCUGUGAACACAGGCUCUCACUUCCCUGCUCUACCCUCCUCAGUGCCAGAGAGGGCAUUCAAGUGUCUGGCUUGGGAGGCUGUGAACUACAUUGGGAAGUUUUUGUUUUUGGUUUUUGGUUUUUACAGCAGGAUCAGAAUUGCAGGUGUGUUUGGUUCUGUUAUCGUUAUUUUUUUUUUUAAGUUGAAAAGAUCUUAGAGACAAUCCCUUCCCUUCAUGUAGAUGAGAAAAUUGGGACCCAGAAAGGAGAACUGAUUUUUUGUUUUAAAGUCACAAGGAGAAUCUUUCUCUGAGUUGAGAAAGGUGUGCUGUCUUCUACCUAAUUUCCUACCCAAGACCUCCUAGAAAGUAGGAGGGACUUGCCCUUCCAUCUCAGAGUUAUGACAUUGGGCCAGGUCUUUGGAAAUGGGAACUCCUAAAAAAGACAAAAGACAAAAAGGAAAAAAAAAAAGAAGAAGUGGGAAACCUGGCAAUACUGUACAUUCUUCCCAUUUCUCAAAGUACCCCAGAAAGGCAAUCAGAAUGGCCCUAGUAGAGAAGCCCUAUCUAUUUCCCUAGGCAAAGUGGAGCAUCUAGAUAUAGCUACUGUAAUUAUUAGUGCCAAGGUCUUACAGAGCCAUGUUUUUUGUUUGCUCACAGUGAUUUCUUAAUUUUGUGGUUCUUUCGGGAAACUCUUCUCAAACUCCACCUUUUCCCCAACAUACCCAGGCCACAGAGUGGCUGUGACCCAGGCUGUCCUAAUAGAGUAGCCCCAAUCCUGUUUGGAGAUUGGGGGGGAUGAUUGUAUGUUCCUGGAAGGACCAAUUUUAGUCUUCCCAGGACUGUUUUAUGAACUUUGGGAGUGAGACAUCUUCCUGCUGGAAUUCCAAGCUAUGAGGGUAUUAGCCUGAGAUCUCCAAAAGCCAUCUCAUUUAAACAUGGAGAAGGAAUAUGAGGCAAGAAGCCAAGCUGGGACCAGCAGAGCCAAAGGACUGACAGCACAGACAGGCAGCUUUGACUGCCCCAUUUGAAUUUCUGAGUCACCCUUGCCCAGAACCAGAUCUGUAUCUGGACGUCCCAACUUACUGAACUAAUAAAGCCCUCAUUUACAUUAGUGAGUUUCAGCUGUUCUUUAAUGGUUGCAUUUGAAGCGGUGACCAACUUUUCUAACGAUCCUCUGAAACCAAGUCCCUGUGAGUUCAGACUGGCUGUUACCUGUCCUGCAAUAACAUACCUAUGGCACUCUAACCUCUCCUAGAAUCUCCUAUAGGGAUUCUCUCUGAUGAGCAUGGCUUCUCUUUUGUGAUAGCUGAUCAUUGAUGUGAGGUCAAAUGUGGGGGUUUAAAAAGCUCACUCUAGGGAGUAAGAGGUACACAUUAUUAUGUUCAAAAUAAGCUGCAAGGAUAUAUUGUACAACAUGGGGAGUAUAGCCAAUAUUUUGUAACUGUAAAUGGAGUAUAAUCUUAGGAAUUGUGUCUCACUACAUUGUACACCUGUAAAUUUUAUUAUAUUGUACAGCAACUAUACUUGAAUUAAAAAAAAAAUCUCUCAUUCAAUCACUAUUCUAGUUUGAGGAACAAAGACUAAAGAUCAUUGAGAUCCAAGAAUUUGCUAGUUCCCGUCGUGGCGCAGUGGUUAACGAAUCCAACUAGGAACCAUGAGGUUUUGGGUUCGAUCCCUGGCCUUGUUCAGUGGGUUAAGGAUCCGGCGUUGCUAUGAGCUGUGGUAUAGGUCGCAGACGCGGCUCAGAUCCCGAGUUGCUGUGACUCUGGUGUAGGCCGGCGGCUGCGGCUGAUUGGACCCCUAGCCUGGGAAUCUCCAUAUGCCGUGGGAAGCGGCCCUAGAAAUAAGGCAAAAAAAAAA